AUGCCCGCUCAACCCCCCAUCCCGCCUCUGCUAACGCCCUACAUCUCCACACUCUCUCCCCAGUCACUCACAUUGGUAACCUCCGUGCUGGCAGCGACAUCGAACUGGCUGGUUUUGCGAUAUUUAUACUCUGUUUUAUCACGAUCAACAGCACUCGGCCAAGCCAACGAUAAUGAUGUUCACCGCGACAGCAGCAGGGCGGCUAAGAGGAUUGUGCUCGUGAGUUUCUUGCGAGACUGGGUGUUUUGGAAGGCGGAGGGGAAGAGGUUGGGCUUAGAUUUACAGAGAUUUGUGGAUGCGGACAGGCUCAGGUUUGUCGAUGGUUUGACGGGCUUGUUUGAUGGGCAACCGCAGCAGCAGAAUUCAAGAUCUGCGGGCAUUCCGACGCGACCAGGAGCUGGACCUGGGUCUGGAAGGACAAUUCCCAUGCGAGGAGGCCCAGCGGAGUCUAUCCCAGUGCGAACACAUUCGACGGCGAAUGUGAUGCCUACAUCCUCAACAAACCCGAAGCAAUUGCACAUCUCCAGUGGCAGUGGCGGUAUGCCCGUCUUGAACGGACUCGAAAACGAUAUUCUAUCCGUCAUCAAAUCCAUCGUUGCUAAAGGAGCCGAUAAUCAACAUAAUAAAGACGAAGAGCAAGACGUCCUCCUGAUAAUAGAUCAGCCGGAUUUCGUGCUCGCUGCUACUCCGGGGAUUGAUGCGGAUGACAUGUCUGACUGGAUUAUGGGAUUGCAACAGCAUGUCCAUUCAACAAUCGUAACUACAUCCGCCGAUUUCCCGCUUGUGCAUAAUGCAAAUGAAGCUUCACAUGAUAAUGGGCCACCGACUCCGUUAGAAAGACAUCAUGCUGCGUUUGUGGUUGGGUUGGCUCAUCGCGCGUCGAUGGUUCUACAGCUACGGAUGCUUGAUACGGGAGCGGCUAAGGAUGUCAGUGGGGUGAUGAGGAUGAGCAAAGGCGGCGGAGGGUUUGAUGCAGAUGACGGCGCUGUAGAGAAGGAGGUUCUAUAUUUUGUGCAGAGAGACGGAGGGGUGAAGGUCUUUGGGAGGGGGGAAGUAUGA